ACCAGGCAACUACUGUACCACCAUCUCUCUCCACCGACAUUUCCAAAUCUAUGAAUUUGAGAGGAGCGUUCAUCAAUUCAACAAAUUCAAAGCCAAAACCCCAAUGAAUGAGUGUCCCAAAUUCCCAUUUUACCUAUCUUGUUAGCAUCAUCGCUUUCUAAUUCAAAAAGCUUUUCAAAACUAGUCUUGUUAAUCAUCAAAUUAUUACCUUUAUAUCGAGAUCAGAAUUCGAUAAAGAUUCAACUUUAUAAGAACUUGGGUGGGUUUGAUUUGGUUUCUUUCCAAAAACCCUAAACCGUAUCCCACCAAAUUGUAGAUCGGAUUGGUGAAAGAUGCUGGAUCGGAUUUUCGGGACUCGCCGGACGCGUCAAUUCCAGCGGAUUUUCCGUAACGGCAAGAUCACGCUUUUCUGCUUGGUCCUAACCAUCGUCGUCCUGCGUGGCAACCUCGGUGCCGGAAAGUUUGGCACGCCGGAGCAGGAUUUUAAGGAGAUCCGGGAAACGUUCUAUCAUGUACGGGGCAAGCGCGCCGAGCCCCGCCGCGUCCUCGAAGAAUUACAGACAACCACUGACCAGACGACAACGGCGUCGUCGACCAAUAAUUACGCGGAAUUCGACAUCAAUAAGUUGUUUGUUGAUGAAGAAGACGAUGUGAAGAAGAAUCCAAACGAACCCUACAGCAUAGGGCCCAAGAUCUCAGAUUGGGACGAACAAAGAGGUGAAUGGCUGAAACAAAACCCUAAUUUCCCUAAUUUUCUCAACGCUAAUAAACCUAGGGUUUUGCUUGUAACCGGGUCUUCACCAAAGCCCUGUGAGAAUCCAGUUGGUGAUCAUUAUCUUCUGAAAUCGAUCAAAAACAAGAUAGAUUACUGUAGGGUACACGGGAUCGAAAUCUUCUACAACAUGGCUUUACUCGAUGCUGAAAUGGCUGGUUUCUGGGCGAAACUCCCAUUGAUCAGAAAGCUUCUACUGAGCCACCCUGAAGUUGAGUUCUUAUGGUGGAUGGACAGUGACGCCAUGUUUACAGACAUGGCAUUCGAGGUUCCAUGGGAGAGAUACAAAGACAAAAACCUGGUUCUCCAUGGCUGGAAUGAAAUGGUGUAUGAUCAAAAGAACUGGAUCGGAUUAAACACAGGUAGCUUUCUACUCAGAAACUGUCAAUGGUCUUUGGAUUUAAUCGAUGUUUGGGCUCCCAUGGGUCCGAAGGGGAAAAUCAGAGAAGAAGCUGGAAAGAUUUUGACCCGUGAACUCAAAGAUCGACCCGUUUUCGAAGCAGAUGAUCAAUCUGCUAUGGUGUGGCUAUUGGCUUCACAGAAGGAAAAAUGGGCGAAUAAAGUUUAUCUAGAAAAUCAUUAUUAUCUUCAUGGGUAUUGGGGGAUUUUGGUCGAUAGAUAUGAGGAAAUGAUUGCAAGUUAUCAUCCAGGUUUAGGUGAUCAUAGGUGGCCUCUUGUUACUCAUUUUGUGGGGUGUAAACCUUGUGGGAAAUUCGGUGAUUACCCUGUUGAAAGAUGUUUGAAACAAAUGGAUCGAGCUUUUAAUUUUGGGGAUAAUCAGAUUCUACAAAUGUAUGGAUUCACUCACAAAUCACUUGCUAGUAGGAGGGUGAAAAGAACAAGAAAUGAUACGAGUAAUCCUCUUGAAGUGAAAGAUGAACUUGGUUUGUUACACCCUGCGUAUAAAGCUAUUAAGGUAUCAUCAUCAUCAUAAUCAUCUUCUUGAAAAAUCUUUUUUAUAAAAUGGGAAUGAUAGAUUUGGGUAUUUGAAUUAGUUUGUUGUUUUUGCUCACGUAUUUUGUGGUCUAAGUUAUGAUACAUUUGGGUUUUGUAUGGUUUUUUUUAUUUAUCAAAUGUCAUAGCAUGUUGAUUGUAUUGGAUUUUUUUGUUGUUAUUAGAAUGUUAAUUAAAAAGUUAUAUGGAAGGCAAUCAAAUAGGUUGAGCCAACUUUUGUUA